UUUUAUUUUUCAACUGUCGCAAUGAAAAUGAGGUUCUCACUGUCAUUUGUGUUUGUUAUUGUCGUUGGAAUAUAUAGUUAUAAUCUUUCUGAGGCUAGAGAGCCUGUAUGUUCUAAAUUUGCAUACGAAGAACAGCUUUUAGAGAAAAUGAUAAGAACUGAAAUUAAGUUAGAAACAAUGGUAAAUGAAAUUAAGAAAACUGAGGAUAAUGUCAUCAGUACAACAGGCGAUAUAAAACGAGCAGUUUCAGAUUUUACGGACAUGUUUGCAGACAUGAAGGAGAACAUAACGGACGAAAUGCUAAAGAGAGAUGACGAGAUAAAAAGGAGAGAAGAAUCGUUCAAGAAAUUAUUUGAGGAGACAAGAACAAAUCUCACGAGUGACAUGGAAGCUAAAAGAGAAGAGGAACUUUUACAACUUCGAGGUAUUUUUCUCACGUAA